GUUACUUCUUAUAUAUUGUUUUCUUUAGUAUCAGAAGCAUUGACUCAUCAGGUAAGUCUCUCCACUACCAUCGUCCAUAUGGAACACCUCAAACCAUCGCCGGCGAACUCCUCUCCUCUAACCCCACUCGGCUUCUUGGAAAGGGCUGCCACCGUCUAUGGCGAUUGCCUAUCUAUCAUCUACAACACCACCUCUUACACCUGGUCUCACACUCACCGCCGUUGUCUCCAGCUCGCCUCCUGUCUCUCCUCCCUCGGCAUCAAACCCGGCCAAGUCGUCUCCGUCCUCGCUCCCAACAUCCCCGCCAUGUACGAGCUUCAUUUCGCUGUUCCCAUGGCCGGCGCUAUCCUCAACAGCAUCAACACUCGUCUUGACGCCCGUACUGUCUCUAUCCUCCUCCGUCACAGCGAAUCAAAGCUUCUGUUUGUUGACUACUUCUCCAAGUCCUUAGUUCUUGAAGCCAUCUCUCUGUUUCCAGGAAGCGUAAAACCUCCAGUUCUUGUCCUUAUCACUGACGAUGAGGUCUCAGAACCACUCAAUGCAUCACUGGCCGUUGACUUCAUCGACACUUAUGAGGGGUUGGUUGGAAAAGGUGAUCCUGACUUCAAGUGGAUCCGACCAAAAAGUGAAUGGGAUCCGAUAGUGUUAAACUACACUUCGGGUACGACGUCGUCUCCUAAAGGAGUAGUUCAUUGCCACAGGGGCUGUUUUGUCAUCGCCGUUGACUCUCUGGUUGACUGGUCUGUACCAAAGCAACCGGUGUUCCUUUGGACCCUGCCCAUGUUUCACGCCAAUGGCUGGAGCUACCCAUGGGGCAUGGCAGCCGUGGGUGGGAUCAAUAUCUGUGUUCGAAAAUUUGAUGCACCCACUAUAUACCGUUUGAUCAGGGAACAUAGUGUCACUCACAUGUGUGGUGCACCUGUAGUGCUCAACAUGCUAUCAAAUUCCCUGGCCGACAAUCAAACUAAACUGGAAAACCCAGUGCACAUCCUCACCGCGGGAGCUCCACCACCGGCUUCUAUACUCUCCCGGACGGAAUCGUUGGGGUUCAUAGUGAGUCACGGUUAUGGGUUGACGGAAACCGGUGGAAUCGUUGUCUCAUGCGCUUGGAAACCACAGUGGAAUCUUUUCCCUGCAACAGAGAGAGCGAGGCUAAAAGCAAGGCAAGGAGUGAGAACCAUCGGAAUGACAGAGGUGGACGUGGUAGAUCCAGAGUCAGGAGUAAGCGUGAAAAGAGAUGGGUCAUCGCUAGGUGAAAUUGUGUUGAGAGGUGGGUGCCUCAUGUUGGGUUAUUUCAAAGACCCAGUUAGCACCUCAAAGUGUGUGACAGAGAAGGGUUGGUUCUACACCGGAGAUGUGGGAGUAAUGCACCCAGAUGGUUACUUAGAGAUAAAGGAUCGAUCCAAGGAUGUGAUCAUUAGUGGUGGAGAGAAUUUGAGCAGCGUGGAGGUGGAGUCUGUGCUAUACACGAACCCAAUGAUCAACGAGGCGGCAGUUGUGGCUAGACCAGAUGAGUUCUGGGGUGAGACACCGUGUGCAUUUGUGAGUUUGAAGAAGAAUAAUGGUGAUGCGAGUAAUCAGGAGGCAGCAACAGAGAAGUACAUAAUUGAAUAUUGCAGGGCUAGAUUGCCACAUUACAUGGUACCUAAAACGGUGGUGGUGAAGAAAGAGCUACCAAAGACGUCGACCGGGAAGAUUAAGAAGUAUGAGCUAAGGGAAAUGGCGAAGGCCAUGGGGUCGUCAAGAAUCAGUCGCUUGUGAAGCUGCACGUGAUGGGGUGAGUACUGAGUUCACUUUGGGAAUUAGCUGAGUUGAUGUCUGCCUGCCCUAGCUCUUUCGAAUGGUAAUGGUAUGGUAACUUGGAGAGUAUAUUAAUGGGAUUUGUCUUGUUAUUUUCUUGUAAAAUAGGCUUUGAACUUGUUACUUUUUUAAA